AUGCCCCCGCAGCCUCACAUCCGCCGGCGCCCAAAAAAGGUCCUCUUCCCACGCUCCUCCACCACAACCACCACCACCAGAAGACGAACCACCACCACCACCACCACCACCACCACCACCGCUACCAUGGCCGAGUCCUCCUCCUCCUUCUCCACCACCACCAACCCCACCCCCGCGGAGAACCUCGACACCCUCCUGAACCCCCUCCGCGUGCAGGAGCUCUCCUCCUCGGACGUCUCGGGCUCAACAUCGCCCGUCGUCGCCGCCGACGAAAGCUACUACCCCUACAACCCCGCGAACCCGUACAUCCCCCCGGCGCCGCCCGCGCCCCCGCUGUUCACGAAGCCGCCGCUCCUACGCGACGCCCUGACCACGCGGUCGUCGCUGGACCAGGAUGCGACGGUCAACUCGUGCAUCCGCUUCCUCGGCUACCCCGAGGACCCGUUCCCCAUCCUGGACCGCGAGAACCACAUCGCGUUCCUCGAGAGCGGGCUCACGAGUAAGCUGCCGGACUACAUGGUCGCCUACGACGCCUCGCGCGCGUGGCUGGUGUAUUGGUGCCUCUCGGGGCUGGCCUCGCUCGGCGUGGACCUGGCAAAGUACCGCACCCGCGUCAUGGAUACGCUGCGCCCGCUGCAGAACGAAUCGGGCGGCUUCGGCGGCGGGAACGGCCAGAUGAGCCACAUCACGGCCACCUACGCCGCCGUCCUCGCCCUCUGCCUUGUCUCUUCGCGUGCCACCACCACCCCCGGCGACGACAAGGAGAAGGAGGAGGGGGGGGAGAACGAAGCAGAGGAAUCCCCGCUGGACCUCAUCGACCGCCGCGCAAUGCUGAAAUACCUGCACAGCGUCAAGGUGCCCGAAACCGGCGGCUUCCGCGUCGCCAUCAACGGCGAGUCCGACGUCCGCGGCUGCUACUGCGCCCUCGUGAUCAUCACGCUCCUCGGCCUGCCCACGUCCGGCGGCCUCGUGCGCGGGACGCGCGAGUACCUCUCGCGCUGCCAGACGUUCGAGGGCGGCUUCGGCGCCACGCCCGAGGGCAACGAGGCCCACGGCGGCUACGCGUUCUGCGCGCUGGCGGCGCUGUGCAUGCUGGGCGAGCCGCGCGAGGUCUUGACGACCUCGCUCGACAUGGACAGGCUGAUUGCGUGGCUGAGCGCGCGCCAGUAUGCGCCGGAGGGCGGGCUGUCGGGCAGGACGAACAAGCUGGUGGAUGGCUGCUAUAGCACGUGGGUGGGCGGGUGCUGGCCGCUGGUCGAGGCGGCGUGUAAUGGCCCGCAGAAGCCUGAUGAGCUGGUGGCGGGGGUGGUGGGGAGCUUGUGGAGUCGGGAGGGCCUCGCGCGGUAUAUCCUUGCGUGCUGCCAGAACAUGAAGGGUGGGAUGAGGGAUAAGCCGAACAAGGCACCAGACUUCUACCACACCUGCUAUGUCCUCCUCGGCCUCAGCAGCGCACAGCACUACUCCUACUACACCUCCUCCCCCGAGACCCCCUCCGGCCUCGCAGAAGAAAACGAAGAUCUCCCCCUGCGAUCAGCGUUCACGUGGCGCGUCAGCGAGAAGAUCCCGUCGGUGGUCAAGGGCGUGUUCGAGCCCGUCGUCGAGGACAUCCCCACAUGGCCCGACGACGUCGCGGAGGAGGGCGCGGUCGGCGACAGGUUGAAGGCGCAUCAUCCGAUCUUUAAUAUCCCGCUGGACUGUGUGGAGGCGGCGGAGAGGUGGGUUGCGGGGAAGGUGGGGUUUUGA